AUGAUUUCACCAGCCGACUCUCUCCUGAAAUAUGAGAAUCCAGUUUUGGUCAGAGAAAGCAGUGACACAAAAUCCCCAAAGGGACGUCCAUUGAGAGUGAGCCCUCAGCCUGCUGACUCUGCACCUGUUCCACCACCUCCUAAACCAAAAGCAGGCUCUUCUGAGGCCAUCCAGCAACAAAACCAGCAGAUCCUGAAUGACAUUCUUCCACCCAGGGAAUGGAUAGAGGGAAACCAACUCUGGGUGCAGCAAGUGUCCAGUGUACCUUGUACCAGAGCAGAUGUUAUAAACCUCGAAGAACUCUUGGACAAAAUGCUGCAGCAAAGACAGGCGAGACAAACGGGCAUCUGCCCUGUCCGCUGGGAGCUCUACUCCCAGUGUUUUGAUGAGCUAAUCAGACAGGUAACCAUCAACUGUGCUGAGAGGGGUAUGCUGCUGUUGCGGGUUAGAGACCAGAUCCAAAUGACUAUUGCUGCCUACCAGACACUGUAUGAAAGCAGUGUGGCUUUCCGCAUAAGGAAAGCACUGCAGGCUGAAGAAGGCAAGGUGGACAUGGAAAAAAGAAUUCUGGAUCUGGAGGAUGACAAUAAAGCUCUGAGGAAGAAACUGAAUGAACAGAGGACUAAAUGUGAUGAAGUUGAAAAGAGAGAAGUUGAAAAGCGACAGGUGGAAGAAGAAAAGUAUCGUAGGGAAAUUCAGCUCCUGCAGAGAACCAACGAGCAGCUCAAGGUAACGUUUUCAUACCAGCAAACAAAAUUUACAUCUUCCUAGAUUUUGCACCAACACUAGCUGUGCUGCUUGUCCCAAUAUUUACUUCACUUAUUUGUCUUUCUCUUCAGGUCCAACUGGAAGGGAUAAUUAGGCCAAAGAAGUAAAAAAAACAAAAAACAAAAGCAAAGUUGCCAUUUCCCAGCACAGGAUGUUAUUACGUUCGCAUUUUGUCUUAUUUCUAAAUGAUAAAUAAAUGAGAACUUGAGUUUAGUUUAGUAAAUAUUUAAUUUUUCUUAUCAGCAUGGCAUGACAAAUAUACUUCAAACAAUUACUGCACAUUUCUCUUGAACAUCAAGAGAGCUGUACAUUUGUAAAUGAUGAAUGAAAUGUCAUUCAAAAACAGUUCUGGGUUGAAGAAAGUUGAAAAGGCAAGGCAGAGUGAUUUCCUUGUGGGAGAGUCGAGGUCACCGUAAGGCAUUAAGUGGCCACCUGAUUCAUUUAACACUCAGUUACCU